AUGGUGCAGCCCAGCUGCCACUCCGGGAACUGCGGGAGACCGGGGCAGAGCCUGCCCUCGGAGCGCGCUGGGGGCCGGAAGGGGGCUCUUGAUUUCGAUUCCUCCCCUUUUCCCUCUGGGUCUCGGAGCUUUCACUCUCUCAGACCCUCCUCCUCCCAGGUACAGGCAGGGAGAGGAGGAUACAUCUCUCCUCCCGGCACCCGACCAUGGGCAAUACCUCCAGUGACUACCUGCCGGAGCACUGCGAGACUCAACAGUGGCUCCCCUCGGGCGAAAGCCCAGCCAUCAGCUCUGUGAUGUUCUCUGCCGGGGUGCUGGGGAAUCUCAUCGCACUGGCACUGCUGGCGCGCCGCUGGCGCGGGGACACAGGACCUAGCGCCAGCCGCGGGAACUCCAUCUCCUUGUUCCACGUGCUGGUGACCGAGCUGGUGUUCACCGACCUGCUUGGGACCUGCCUCAUCAGCCCCGUGGUGCUGGUUUCGUAUGCGCGGAACCAGACCCUGGUGGCACUGGCGCCUGAGAGCCGCGUGUGCACCUACUUCGCCUUUGCCAUGACCUUCUUCAGCCUGGCCACGAUGCUCAUGCUCUUCGCCAUGGCCCUGGAGCGCUACCUGUCCAUCGGGCACCCCUACUUCUACCAGCGCCACGUCACGCGCCGCAGCGGCCUGGCCGUGCUGCCCGCCAUCUACACCAUCUCCCUGGUCUUUUGCUCCUUGCCACUGCUGAAGUACGGGCAGUACGUCCAGUACUGCCCCGGGACGUGGUGCUUCAUUCGACACGGGGAGACCGCGUACCUGCAGCUUUACGCCACCCUGCUGCUGCUCCUCAUCGUUGCCGUGCUCGCUUGCAACUUCAGUGUCAUUGUCAACCUCAUCCGCAUGUACCGCCGGGGCCGGAGAAGCCGCUGUGGACCCUCCUUGGGCAGCGGCCGCGGCGGCCCUGGGAGCCGCAGGAGAUGGGAAAGGGUGUCCAUGGCAGAGGAGACAGACCACCUCAUUCUCUUGGCUAUCAUGACCAUCACCUUCGCUAUCUGUUCCCUACCUUUCACGAUUUUUGCAUAUAUGAAUGAAACCUCUUCCCGAAAAGCAAAGUGGGACCUCCAAGCUCUUAGAUUUUUAUCAAUUAAUUCAAUAAUCGACCCUUGGGUCUUUGCCAUCCUUAGGCCCUCUGUUCUGAGACUAAUGCGUUCAGUCCUCUGUUGUCGGAUUUCAUUAAGAACACAAGAUUCAACACAAACUUCCUGUUCUGCCCGGUCAAAUGCCAGUAAAUAGACUGACCUUUGUGGAAAGCAGCUAAAAUGUGCUCAUUAGCCAGCAUCUGGAAGAUCAUUUUGAAAUGGUUCCUUGGAGAAAUGAGAAAAGUUGGUUUAUAAACAAAAUGAAGCUAACCUAAUAAAACAGAGUAAACACACAUUUUAGCAAUAGUUUGGGCUACACACGUGCUGACAAGACACUUCAUGGAAGGUGUCAGAAGGAUCUAUAAAACCUAUCCUCAAUAAGCACGUCACAUGGCUUUCAGAAGAACAACCAACUGCAUUUAAGAUCCAGUUGCCUUUUGAUUUAAGCUUUCCUGUUGAAUGAGAAAGCAUAUGGUUUUGUAAUUUGUUUAAAACCCUAAAUAGUUACUGUGUGUUUUCUAUUUUAAUCUUCUGUGUUACUACUGUUAUGAUCAUACAGCGUACAGUCAGACCAGAUGAAACUUCAUAUAUAUUCUCUAGGAAGUUGGUAUGUAGAAACAACAAACCUGGUGUUUUGUGACUGCUUAACAAACUCUGUCUUUGGACAAUGAGUUUGAAAAUCGUAAUCACUUUGUAUUACAAUGUUUGUGUGUGUGGGAGUACUCUCUUGUCACUAUUACUCAUACUAAAUGGUAUUCUCGUUAGUAUUACUUGUGGAACAGUAGGCUCAGUUAGUUAAUGUACUAGUCCUCCAGAAGCUAUGUGUCAAAGUGUCUGGUUAUUUAUUUUGUAAUGUCCAUCAUGCUAAUAGUAAUCAAGAAAACUUUAGGAAUUUUCCUCUCAACAAGAAAUAACAGGCUAUAGAGAAAGUUAAUUCUCGUUAUUUCUCUUCAUUCUAUUUCCAGGGGAGGCUGUACGAAGGUCGGACGAUUAAGUUCGCGAACUUCCCACCGUGUACGUGCAUAGUGGAAAGUUCGCGAACUCAAUUGUCCAACUUUUUCAUAUGUGGCUAUGUCUGAAGCCACAUAUUAGGAUUAAAAACUGAAAAAUCUGGUCAAUUGUUCAGAUACACUGGAACUCUUUUAAUGCUGAUGUGAGGCAAUGAAUAAUAUCUACUUUAUAAGAUUACUGUGUUGUAGCAAAAUUCAUCUGUCUGUAUUUUUCCCAGGAAACAUGAUUUGACUCAUACUACAUAGGAAAUCAUGUAACAUGAGUCAUACCUUAAUAUAUUUCUAAAUCUAAAUGUUUGACAUGCCGUAAACUCAGCAUCAAAAUAUUUCAGUGAAUUUGCACUGUUUAAUCAUAUCUUAGUUACUGUGUAAACUCAUCUGAAAUGUUACAACAAUAAAGUAUAAAACAAAAAUUUGAAAAUAGUAUAGUAUUUGAUGAAUUUCUCCAAAUAACGUUUUAUAGUUAGUGUAGAUAUAAUAUUUUUCCAAUGAGAUAAAAGUGGCAAUUUAUAUUUAAUUUGGCAGGUUUUUAAACUAUGGUUGCAUUAUAGUUUAAAGUAUUCAAUAUAGUACUUGGUAAGAGGAUUUUUUUCCUUACAAAACUAUGUUUAAAAUAGUAGAACUAUGUUAUUUUUUUUUCAGUAUUAUUACAAGAUAGCUAUGAUAGAAAAAAAUUAAGAGAUGUUAGUUUUUUUCCAAAAUCUCAUUGAGUUGCUUACAUAAAAACAUUUCCUAUAAGUCGUUCAAUCACUUAGAGUUUUUCCAAACCAUUCUAGGCAUCAGUGUAUUUUGACACAAUCUAUGUCAAAUCAGCUCUUAUUUUAAAAAGAGUAAAUAAGUGGUUUGCUUUUCUACUAAUUUAGAUAAACGAGGCAAAAUUAACUUAAAUGAAAUCUGGACAUGUAAAUAAAUCUUCCCUCUCCACCAAAUAUUCUAAAGUUAAGAAAUUGGUCUAAAUAGGACUAAUUAGGCUGGCUCAGGGGUAAUUCCUAAACAUAAAAUUCUGAAGCUAAUUUGAAUCUGGAAGAUUGAUUUCUUUUAUCAGUUGCCUUUUUUUUUUCCCAAUUGAAAAUGUUAACUAUAAUCCUUCACCCCACUUCAUCACCCCACAAAGUUCUGGAAUAAUGCCUGAUAACUUUAAAAAGUCAAACUUGGACAUAAUAUCACUACUGGGAACAAAAUGAUUCACUCUGGGGCUCCAACAUGUAACUGUUUAAGCCAUUUAUUUAAGAAAUAGUAGAUUCCUAGGGCUUUGCUUCUUAGUUUCCUACUGUUCCUUGCACUUUGUUAAAUGACUAAAUCCUGUUAUUUCAUUUGCACUGAUAUA